AGUUGAUAAUUCGAUGAUCGGAAGUGGUGGAGUUUCUUCAGGUGAAAAAAUGUGAAAAUGUGCGAUAAAACUGAAUCGGACACGGUGGAUGGAAAUGGCAUUUGCAAGGACGAGUUUGUGGAUUCGCCUAGGAGACCAUUCAUAAGGGGUUCCGAUCCGCGCGUGGCGACAUGCCGCGGCAAGCUGCAGAACCGCCGGUCGAAGCUGAACCAGGAGAUCAACAAGGAGCUGCGGCUGCGCGCUGGAGCCGAAAACCUGUUCAAGGCAACCACGAACAGGAAGCUGCGCGAGACGGUCGCCGUCGAGCUCAGCUUCGUCAACUCCAAUCUGCAGCUGCUCAAGGAGCAGCUGGCCGAGAUGAACUCCUCGGUGGAGUUAUAUCAGAGCGACAGUGGCACCGACGCACUAAUGCCGAUGAUCCCGCUCGGCCUCAAGGAAACCAAAGAGAUCGACUUCCGCGACCCCUUCAAGGACUUCGUCCUCGAGCACUUCAGCGAGGACGCUAACCGUCACGACGACGCCAUCGCCGACUUCAUGGACACCAGGCAGGCGAUAAGGACGCCACUGCGGGACGGCGCCGGCGUCGCUCUGCUAUUCCGCUACUACAACCAGCUGUACUUCGUCGAGAGGCGGUUCUUUCCGCCCGAUCGGUCGUUGGGCAUCUACUUCGAGUGGUUCGAUUCGUUGACAGGUGUGCCAUCUUGUCAAAGAACGGUGGCUUUCGAGAAAGCCUGCGUACUGUUCAACAUAGGCGCCGUUUAUACGCAAAUCGGCGCCAAACAGAACAGAUCGACGACAAAGGGACUAGACGCGGCGGUGGACAACUUCCUAAGAGCAGCCGGAACUUUCAGGUACAUCAACGAAAACUUCACUAACGCCCCAUCUAUGGACCUGGGCCCCACAAUGUUGGAAAUGUUCGUACAACUGAUGCUGGCUCAAGCUAGAGAAUGCCUUCUCGAAAAAUUACAGUUGCAAUCGAGAGAAAACCGUUCUGUGGAUAUCUGUUUGGAUUUGUCUCAAGAAGCAGCCCAUUUGGCAGAAUGCUAUGGAGACGUCAAUCAGCUCAUUACUCAUGAUACUGUCAGAGACUAUGUACCCUACAGUUGGACGUCGCUCAUCCAGGUUAAGAGAGAGUACUAUACUGGGGUAGCACACAACUUCGUUUCAUCUGGAGUCCUACACAAAGAAGCCGAGAGAAUGUCAGAAGAAACGAAAGAUACGUUGCUGUAUUUACAUGCAGACCCUGAACCUGCACAGUUAGAUAUCAGGUUACCCAAAGAUUCAUCCGAAAGAAGAUUACUCGGUAGGGCGCAUUUGAGAGAAGCUCUAGUCUUGUAUGAAGAAUGUCAGAGGCUACACAGGAUGUGCAGAGAGCUCAGAGGAAAGCAGGCACUGACGUCCGUCUUGAGAAACGCUCAUAAGAUGGCGCUGAACGCAUACUCUGCCACAGAAUCAGAAGACGAUUUCAGCGAUCUGUUGGACCCACCUCACGUUCAAGCUGCCACGAAGUUCCAGCUGUCUCUAACUCCUCCCGACUUCGCGCAGUACCGCGUCAGCGACCUCUUCAAGAGUCUAGGACCUAUCGCCAUCUUUUCUGCUAAGAGGCAUUGGACUGCCCCCAGAUUGGUCCAGCUACACAGAGGCAGAACCUCAGAAGGAUUCGGGUUCUCCCUUAGAGGAGAUGCCCCCGUUAUCGUAGCUGCAGUAGACCAACAUUCCCUUGCAGAGUUUGGAGGGGUGAAAGAGGGUGACUUCAUAGUGGCAGUUGCUGAUAAAGAUGUAAAAUGGUCGUCGCAUGACGAAGUAGUGAGUCUUAUAAAAAAGUCGGGAGAAUCUUUGAGUUUGAAGCUGGUGACUCCAAUGGAUAGGAACUACCUAAAGCCUGCCAAGACGAAUAACAACAAAGGGUCAGUUUCUACCCACAGUAGCUCUUCUGGAAUUUCCAGCGGAAUGUCUAGUCCUUCAGGGUCGAUGGCCCAACACAACAAAAAAUCCAAUUGGAACCCCUUCAAGAGGCACUCUUCUUCUAGAGAAGGCAAGGAUUUCUACGAAAAUGUUAUAUUGAGAUGAGAACGAUAUUGAUUAGAUCAGAAUUUCGAUUGUCCAAAAGUAUUCGCUGCAAAUUUGAUUAAUUUAUUGGAAAUUUGAAUUUUCGUUUAUAAAUGUAAAUAUAGCGUAUUAAUAUUGAAUUAUUAUUUUUUGACUAGAUGAACAUAUUUCUCUACAUGUAGUAAGUGUUGACUAUGUAGUUGUAGUUAUAGUCAAAGUACUGAGAUGAUAUUUAUAAAUAUUUAUGUAAAUAAUUAGAAUUUCUUUAGGUGUAGAUUUAAUUUUCCAAUGGUUAGUGUGUCGAUUUUUUCUUAUUCACUUUUUUUUUUUCAUUGAAAACCAGUCGUAUGUAUGUACCUUAUUUUUAUCAAACAAUAACAGUCAUAGAUGAGAUUUAUUUUUGUUGUUAUACAUUCAUAUUCUAUUAUAAUAAAAAUAUAUUUUAUUCCA